AAACACACACACACACACACACACACACAAAGAAAAGAAAUCAUAGGUGGAUACCCAUAACACAAACAUAAAAUCGGAAUGAGCUGUGAAAGUAGCCACACAUAAAGGAGUACAAAUUGUAAAAUUCCAGACCAGCUGGGAUGGGAAUUCGUUAGAAAUGCAAAUUAUCAGCCCCACCCCCAUGUAUCGCCUUAAAUACAUUUUCCAGGAGAUGCCCAUGCACACUAAAGUUUGAGAACCAUUGGAAAGUACACAAAAAGGCAAAACGAAUCGCUGCUGUCAGAGAUUGGGAGAGCAGUGACAGGCCAGGGUCACCUCCUGGACGCCAGGAAUGUUCCGUUGUUCCAUCUGGGUGCUGGGUAAGCAAGUGGGCUUAGUUCGGGGGAAUUCAACAAGGCAUGUCAUUAUUUAUGAUGUGCGAAGUUUUCUGUGAUUCUGUUAUAUUUCAAUACAAAGUUUAAAAAAGGGAAGAGCUCUGGUUGAAGCCCUGGGAAGGGCAGGGAGAGGGAGGGUCUAGGAGCCCAUCUACAGCUCUGCCUUUAACCCACACACAGUCCUUGAGGGAUUUCCAAGGGAACCUAAGGUCCUUAGAGUACAGCUCGAGAUCACUGAUCUGUCCCAACAGAGAGUCAGUGACUUGUCCAAAUGUCAUGAGGACAGAGGGGCAGCUCAUCAAACUUCUAUCCACUCCCCACCCCCGCUUAACUUGGGUCUUGGGAAGAAGGCCAAGACUCUAGUGUGGAUGAUGCCUUUCUCAUCCUGGAGCAACUUCCUUUCUGGGAACUGGGUGUCUCCUUUUGGGCAAAGACAAUAAAAUUCAUCCAAGGGGCAGGAGAAGCAGGACUCCUCCUGCCCCCAUCCGGAUGGCAUCACGUGGCUCCCGGGUUAGCAGGCCAGGAAAAUCCCAGCCCUUGCACAGUCAGCCUCAUAUACCUCUCUCUUCACCCACCCUGACACACUCGGCUUCCCUGACCCACCUUGGACAGUCCCCAUCACAUACUCCCUGGCACAGUUGUGUCCCCCUCAGCUCCCGCCAACCCCCCCAGCCAUACUGCCAGCCUUUCCCAGAGCUGUAGCCUUGCCCGGUCACUCACCCCAAACCCAGCAUGUCCCUGGGGCCACUGAAAUUCCAGGCAGUAGGUGAAGAAACUGAAGAGGACGAGGAGGAAGAGAGCCUGGACUCUGUCAAGGCUCUGACGGCCAAGCUGCGGCUGCAGACGCGGCGGCCCUCAUACCUGGAGUGGACGGCCCGGGUCCAGAGCCAGGCGUGGCGCAGGGCCCAAGCCAGACCUGGGCUGGGGGGUCCUGGUGCCCUCUGCGGCUUCGACUCAAUGGAUUCUGCCCUUGAGUGGCUCCGACGGGAGCUGCGGGAGAUGCGGGCUCAGGACCAGCAGCUGGCGGGGCAGCUGCUUCGGCUGCGGGCCCAGCUGCACCGGCUGAAGGUGGACCAAGCCUGUCACCUGCACCGAGAGCUGCUGGACGAGGCGGAGCUGGAGCUGGAGCUGGAGCCGGGGGCCGGCCUCGCCUUGGCCCCGCCGCUGCGGCACCUCGGCCUCACGCGCAUGAACAUCAGUGCCCGGCGCUUCACCCUCUGCUGAGGGGCACCUGCGGGCCUCCUGAGACCUCAAAGGCCCUAGCACCUGGCAAGGGGUGGUGGGAGGGUUGAGGGGCUGUCACUCUUUUGGGAGCAUAAAACCCCAGCAUCCUGUCACCCCUGCUGCCCUAUCUUGGGGAGGGGUGGUUGGAGGAAAGGGAGAAGCUCACGCACCCCCAGGGUCUUCAAUAAAGGCCCUCUGUGCUUCCCA